CAAUCCACAAGCACUGGUGAACGUCUCUUCAUAUGUAAAUUUCCAACUUUAUCCCUUUUUCCAACCGACUCAUACCCUUGCUGCUGCUGCUGCCGCCGCGAAGUACAAAGCAGGUGCAUGGCGUGGCGAGUGCUCGACCAUUCAAGAGGGUGCUGCAUCCUUGUGGUGCCAACACGCAUAAAAGAAUUCAUUUUCCUUUCCAUACCGCUCUUUUAGACAGAAGUCACAAUCUGUGAAACGCAUCCUACGUUCGGAGAUAAAUCCCUCCACCUUCGAGAGAGGAUCGGGCUCAAUACAAAGAGAAAUUUCUGCAGGCGAUAGACUCUUCCAGUCACGAGGGCAAAACACCAACAUCGGCUUGCCAACCUCAUAGGUCAGCAGCCAUGAAGCAAAAAAUUGGAAUCGGGAAUAUUCUCGAGUCCGCCUUUCCACCACGAAGCACAGGAAACAUCUCUGACUCGUCGUCUUCUCUCCCGGGAGGGGGGCUCUCCCCUACGACACUCCUCGAGACCUUCGUCCCGGGCUACGGCGCCAUCCACAAAUUCCUCCUGUUCUCCUUUGGCUUCGACGUCACGGUGCUCGUCUCCCUUGGCGUCGUCCUCUGGCUCUCUGGGAGAAUCUUCCGCUCAGUAUGGACCGUCAUCUAUGCAACCGUCGCCAGCAACUACAUGGCCGAGAUCACCGUCAGCAGCACUGACGAGAUCCACGCCCACCUCAUCGCCUUCCUUGCGCACCAAUACAAGAUUAACUCCUCCCGAAGGCUCAUGGCCGAGACACCCUCCAAAUCCGCUUGGGAGCUGGACAACGAGGACACCGAGACGCCGGAAACGACCGUUGACGCAGAAGGCAACAUCAAAUGGCUAAACUUCUCUAACCAAGAAGCAAAAUCGCAACCCCGCUUCACACCAGCAAUUGGCUCCCACAACUUCUGGCACAAAGGAACGUACUUUCAGCUCCGAAGAAAAGAGGUAGCUAUGUUCGACGAGCUAGGAGGUGGCGCAGCAGCCUUCAAAGACAAAGAGCUCCUCACACUCUCUUGCUUCGGACGCUCCACCGAGCCCAUAAAAAAGCUCAUCCAACAUGCAAAAGCACACUACCACCUCGGCCACAACGCAAAGACGGUCAUCAAGCGCCCAGCACCGAAAGAUAUGCGCCGUUUCGGGGGUCGUGGUUCCUGGGUCAAGAUCGCAGAGCGGCCUUGUAGACCGAUGAAGACCGUUGUCUUAGACGAGGAACGGAAGAUGGACGUCUUGGCUGAUAUCAACGAGUAUCUUAACCCUGCUACUGCACGCUGGUAUGCGAACCGCGGUAUCCCGUACCGGAGAGGGUACCUAUUCUAUGGACCGCCUGGAACGGGGAAAACGAGUUUGACCUUCGCGCUGGCGGGCGUGUUUGGGCUGGAUAUUCACGUCGUUUCCUUGUUGGAGCCGACGCUCACGGAAGAGGAAUUGGGAAUGCUGUUUACGAAUUUGCCGGCACGGUGCAUUGUCCUGCUUGAGGAUAUAGAUACUGCGGGCUUGAUUCGGGAGCCGAUUAGUGAUAAAGUGGAGGUGAAGAAGGGUGAUGAGGAGGGGGAGGGGAAGAGAAGGGGGGAGGAUUGGAAUGUGGUUGAUUUGACGAAAGCGCUCAAGAAAGCGAACCAGUUGUCGGAAGAGGAGAAGAAGAAGGGUAUCUCGCUCUCUGGGCUGUUGAACAUUAUUGAUGGCGUUGCAUCCCACGAAGGCAGAGUCCUAGUAAUGACAACCAACCACCCGGAGAAGCUUGACGAAGCACUCAUCCGCCCCGGACGCGUCGACCACCAAGUCGCAUUCGGCAACGCCACGCAGCUACAAGUGAACGAGCUCUUUGAGAGGAUGUAUACCAACGACCUCCCUCGCACCAAGCUAAUCAUCUCGCAUCCCUCUUCUUCCUCCCCAACCAUCACCGGCACCACCAACGAGAAAGAUGUGUUCACACCUCCUCUCACCCCUGUCAAGAGCACUGCGAACGGAAUCGCCUACGGAACUGCCAGCGGCUCCGCAAAAGGCGCUGUCGUGGUUGCUAACGGGAAGGUUGAGAAGAUGAAGGAUGAGGAGCUGGGCGCGGAGGAGUUGCGUGAGAUUGCGGGCAGGUUCGCGGAGCAGGUGCCGGAUGAUAUGUUUAGUCCGGCUGAGAUCCAGGGCUUCCUGUUGAAGCGGAAGAAGGAUCCACGACGGGCGGUGAUGGAGGUGGGGAGUUGGGUGGAGGGGAUGAAGGAGGUUAAGAGGAGGGGUGGGAAGGUGGUUACCGUUCAGUGAGAGGGUGCUAGGGAAAUGGGUGAGGUGCGUGAAGAUAGGGGAGGAUUACUGAGAGAGGAGGAGGGGGGGGUACAAUUAAAUGAGCCGUGGAUACAAUACAUACGUUGGGGUCUAACUUGGGUGGCAUAUAUAGACUGGCACCUGCAUAUUCCCAUACAAAGGACUUAGAUCCGUCCACUUCUACUUCCAGAUACAUGAUGUGCGCUGGGUCAGGUGAUCCGCUAUGCUUGCUGCAGGCGCUUUUUCAGCCGCAGCAUCACUUUCCCGCUCCGCUUCUUCAUUCAUUCGAGGCCGUUGGCUCUAGUCUCACAAGAAAAGCUGUUACCGAUCAACACCUGCAACGAAAUGGCUCACUGCGAAUAUCAGACGUUAG